GCUGGUGCAGCUGAGAGCGAGCGGAGCGAUCGAGACCUGGAAAUGAAAGUAAAGAGAUCAGGAGGCACAUGGAGGGAGCUGCAGGGGCAGCCGAUCCAGAAGCAGAAUGCUGCCUUCUAUAAUUAAAUAGCACUUACUAUUAUUAUUACUUCUAGUAAUAAUACAUUAAUAAUAUCUCUAGUAAUACAAUACCAUUUAUCAAGGAAAGUUUAUGCAUAGUGUGGGGGGGAAAACCCAAGGAGAGCGACUAUAAUGGAGAGACAGAAGAGAAAACAAGAAAUAGAGAAAGGACUUCAGUUUAUUCAGUCCACAUUACCCCUAAGCCAAGAAGAUUAUGAGGCCUUUUUGCAGAAGCUAGUGAGAAACCUGUUUGCAGAGGGCAAUGAUUUGUUUCGAGAGAAGGAUUUCAAGCUUUCGCUGGUACAGUAUGUAGAAGGGCUGAACGUGGCAGAUUACGCAGCCUCUGAUGAGGUGACCAUCCCAAAGGAACUCCUGUGCAAGCUGCAUGUCAACCGAGCUGCCUGCUACUUUGCCAUGGGGUUGUAUGAGAAGGCACUGGAAGACAGCGAGAAGGCUUUAAGUCUUGACAAGGAGAACAUUCGAGCACUCUUCCGGAAAGCCCGCUCCUUAAAUGAACUUGGAAGACACAAAGAAGCAUAUGAGUGCAAUAGCCGGUGCUUGCUGUCCCUCCCACAUGAUGAAAGCGUCACGCAGCUGGGACAGGAGCUUGCCCAGAAGCUGGGACUGAGGGUUCGAAAAGCAUACAAAAGACCUCAGCAGGAAUUGGAAACAUUCUCACUGCUCAGUAAUGGCACGUCAAUCAAUUUGUCAAACCAGUCCACUUCCAAUGGAUUGGGUUCGAUAGAUGACAUCGAAACAGAUUGCUCUACAGACCUGCAGUGCCUCCCAGCUCCUGUGGCCACCUCCAUGCCUGUGAACGAGGGGCUGGCCCCUUUGCCCUCUGACUCAGACGCAAAGGGCUUGCCUACCUCGCUCCCUGCUGCCAGCUUGCUCCCGUCUCCAGACUGUGUGUCCCUGCCAGUGCCUGAGAGCGUGGAGGACUUCACAGAUGGGGACAUCAUUGGGGAAGAACUGGACUCCCUCCUGGACUCCCUCGCCGAAGGGUCAUCAUACCCUCUAUCUCUGGUCCAGGGCACCAUUCCUACCAGCCUGCCAACAGAGAUGCCCCAGCUGAUCCCUGUGUUUCCGGGGGGAACUCCGCUGCUGCCCCCAGUCGUGACAGCCAGCAUCCCUGUCUCCACCCCGCUGCCACCUGCCUCCUUUGGCCUGGUGAUGGAUCCCACCAAGCAGCUCUCCUCCUCCUCUGUCCUGGAUGCCUUCGAGGCCCCGCCAGGAGGAAGUGGUGGCUCCACCUUAGAUUCGUUGGAUUCCCUGGAUCUGCUUCCCUAUACAGACUCACGGCUCGAUGCCCUGGACUCCUUUGGGACAAGCAGAGGGUCACUGGAUGCCUUGGAUUCCUUUACCAUUGAAGAAACUAGCCCUCAGGAACUGCGACACCCACCUGGCAGCCAAAAACCAUCCCCCGUGGUGAGUGAGCCGCUCCCCCAUGCUGAUGUCCCAAGGUGCUCUGGAGCCAAGGUAGUCAGCCUUGGUGGAGUGAGUCACCCAGCUGUGCCCAAGGUCACCGAGCACCUCCUGUCCCAGCCGGAACCAGUAAUGCCCAACACAGCCCUGCUGGUGAAGAACCCCCUGGCAUCUACUCACGUCUUCAAACAAGCCUGUCAUAUCUGCUACCCCAAAACAGGGCCCAAGGCUGGCGACUACACCUAUCGGGAAGGCUUGGAGCACAAGUGCAAGCGGGACAUCCUGCUGGGCAGGCUGAAGAACUCAGAAGACAAGACCUGGAAGAGGAUCCGUCCUCGCCCAACCAAAACCAACUUUGUAGGAUCCUAUUACCUGUGCAAAGAUAUGCUUAACAAGCAGGACUGUAAGUACGGGGAUAACUGCACCUUCGCGUACCACCAGGAAGAGAUCGACGUGUGGACGGAGGAGAGGAAGGGGACCCUCAACCGUGACCUCCUCUUUGACCCGCUAGGUGGGAUCAAGCAGAGCAGCCUCACCAUUGCCAAGCUCCUCAAGGAACAUCAGGGCAUCUUCACCUUCCUCUGUGAGAUUUGCUUUGACAGCAAACCCCGGAUUAUCAGCAAAGGGACCAAGGACACGCCAUCUGUCUGCUCCAACCUUUCUGCCAAACACAGUUUCCAUGACAACAAGUGUCUGGUCCACAUCGUGCGUUCCACCUCCCUGAAAUAUUCCAAGAUCCGCCAGUUCCAGGAGCACUUCCAGUUCGACGUGUGCCGACAUGAGGUGCGUUAUGGCUGCCUGCGCGAGGACAGCUGCCACUUUGCUCAUAGUUUCAUCGAGCUCAAGGUCUGGCUGCUGCAGCAAUAUUCAGGAAUGACCCACGAAGAUAUCGUGCAGGAAUCUAAGAAGUACUGGCAGCAGAUGGAGGCACAUGCCAGCAAACCAGCCAACAGCAUGGCUUCUCCCCGGGCUCCCACAUCAAGCACCUUUGACCUCCAGAUGAAAUUUGUGUGUGGCCAGUGCUGGAGGAAUGGGCAGCUGGUGGAGCCAGAUAAAGACCUCAAGUACUGUAGUGCCAAAGCCCGCCACUGCUGGACGAAGGAACGUCGUGUCCUGCUGGUGAUGUCCAAAGCAAAGAAGAAGUGGGUGUCUGUCCGACCACUGCCUUCCAUCCGCAACUUUCCACAGCAAUAUGACUUGUGUAUCCAUGCACAAAAUGGCAGGAAAUGCCAGUAUGUGGGCAACUGCUCCUUCGCUCACAGCCCUGAGGAGAGAGACAUGUGGACCUUCAUGAAGGAAAAUAAAAGUCGCCUUUGUGCAGUACUAGAUAUGCAGCAGACCUAUGACAUGUGGCUAAAGAAACACAAUCCUGGGAAGCCUGGAGAGGGGACACCACUCACCUCACGAGAAGGGGAGAAACAGAUCCAGAUGCCCACUGACUACGCUGACAUCAUGAUGGGUUACCACUGCUGGCUCUGCGGGAAGAACAGCAACAGCAAGAAGCAAUGGCAGCAGCACAUCCAGUCGGAGAAGCACAAGGAGAAGGUCUUCACCUCAGACAGUGACUCCAGCUGCUGGAGCUACCGCUUCCCCAUGGGCGAAUUCCGGCUCUGCGAAAGGUUCCAGAAGAGCAAGGCCUGCCCCGAAGGAGAGGAGUGUCGCUAUGCCCACGGCCAGGACGAGCUGACUGAGUGGCUAGACCGGAGGGAAGUGCUGAAACAGAAACUGGCCAAAGCCCGCAAGGACAUGCUGCUCUGCCCCAGGGAUGACGACUUCGGGAAAUACAAUUUCCUAUUGCGGGAUGGCGUAUAGUAAGGGUUGGAGAGGGGGGAGCCUGUCGGCUGGAGAAACACGGGGCGGGUUUUCCGAGAGUGGCAGUAGCAGGGAGAGCGAGAUCUGUGUCUCGCAAAGAGAACUUUUUCUUUUCUUUCGUUUUAAGAUUAUGAGACGAUGAUUUGUUAGUGGUGAAUGAAAUCGUGAAUUUGAUUCUCCUUGGCCAGCGAAUGCCAUGCUCACUGAGUUUGUGAUCCGUCUUCUCUCUCUUCCUUCUCCCAAAUUCCUCUUCCUCUCCAUCUUUUUGUUUUCGCUGUCCUUCAUUCAAAGGAAGGAAUCCAGCCUGUACUGGGCUGUGAAUUGGAGAAUUUCUCCUUGUUGUGUCAUUCUCCUGCCCUUCAAUUCGGAGUGUGGCUGCAGAGGUCUGGAGGACAAAGCUGAGAGAAAGGGCCAGAUAUCUGGUGAAAAGGUGACCGUGAAGUUUGUGUACUCCUUUUCUCAGUGCUGCAGAGCAAGCCCCACUUAUGCUGCUGCAGCCAGCCUGCUCUCCUGGGAGUUCAGUACCAGAAGAAGUAGAAAUUGAGGUGGAAAAGAAGGAAAACCACUAGAUCUGGAUUAAAACAUCUAGGCUUAAGCUCCUGCUGUCUGUAUUGCCCUAAGGCAUCAACUGGCGCUGAGGAGGGUAACAGCUGUCUGUUACAGAGUGUUGCUAAAAACAGCAAAGUAAUAAAACUGCUUGCAGCAGCAGGAACUGGAUUGUAGGUGACUUCAGACCGUUUCAGCUGACUGUACCCAGAAAGCAAAUUGGUGACUGACUCCUCAUUAGAUGUCUUUCUCAGUGUGCAACAGGUAUUCAGAGUGGGUAGUUUUGGUUUGGUUUUUUGGCUGGUGCGACUGGUGCAAAUAAGACUGAAGCCAUCUAGGAGGUGUAGUGGAGACUGUGACACACCCUGUGUCACUGUAGUUCAUGCAGCAGUAUCGGUCAGGAAGAAGGCUGUAACCAAAAGGAGCCUGUGUUUCUGUGUUGCCUUGAGUCUUGAAGAGAGAGGAGGAAGUAAUGGGGUUCCCUUCUUGCUCUUUAAAUGGUGUGCGUUACUGGUUGUUUAGAGCUGCGUUUUUCCCUGCACUGCCAGAAGAACUGUGUGGGGACCCAUUUAAAAGGGCACCACCGAGCAGCAUGUGCGAUGCUUUGCUGUUGGGAAUGCAGCUGGAAGGGCGCUUACCAGCACCAGAGGCCCAGCCCCCUCCGCCUCGGAGCUGGGGCAGGGAGUUCACGGAUGUGCAGUGCAGCUAGGAUGCGACCCGGGGCAGGGACACAGUGGGAGCCAGCCACGUGCCUGCUUCUGUCCCGCUGAUGUGCACCACGAUGGGGGAACCAGUGAUGCUGAGCUCUGGGCCAGGAUUUUGGGCUUUUAUAGUGGCAGCGGUGAGAGGCAGUACUGCUCUGUAUGCCAGCCUUGUCCUUUCUGGCGGUCUCAUCCUGUAAGCUGUAAACAUGUGUCCUGUCCUGAGCUUCCCUCCUUCUCUCUUCUGCAGUCCAGCUGCACUCUGCAGGUUUGCGUGCAUGGAUGAUGCCAUCCACUCAAACACAAACACAUCUCUCUCCCAGCCUUCAUGGGGGAAUGUCUUUUUCAUACAGAGUCUCCUAGGACAGCAAGCUCAGAGCCCUUGGGGCUGGCAGUGCCAUAUCUGGGGUAAAUACAGUCUGGCCAUGAACUGCUUGGUGCUUUGGCAUUGCUGGGUCCCCCUUUUCCCUCCCUCCGCCCAUAUCCUUGGGGUUUCCAGCAUCGAGAGAGAUGGGAUGUGGAAUUACAGGAGAUGUGUAAAUGCAGGAGAUGCUGGGGGGGAAGCUGGCACCUUUCUAAACCAGCCUCCAGGCAGGUGCAUCAGCUCCACUGGGGUAGUCACGGCCCAGAAGCAGUGUGUGCUGUGUGCUGGUCUUGGGUCUUCCCAAGGAUAUUAUGUCAAGUUAGCUGAACGUGCCUCUGAGCUUGUUUUCUUAUCCUUUAAAAUGUGGUUGGUGGUCACUAGUUUGGAACAGGCUUCCCCCCUUGGCUGUACAGCCCCUUGAGAUUGGCCCUGGAAGGGGCCAGGACCGUAACAUCUGAUGAUACACAGGUGGCUUCUGGGAGAUCUGGAGAACUGGGGAGGGAAGCGGUUGUUUCUACCUCUGCCCACGUAUGGGGAGGAGGAGGAGGAGAUGAGGAAGGAUCCAUAGUGCUAUGGGGAAAGAGAGUGACCAACACAGUAUCAGUCAUGGCAGUUUUUGAGUGGCCAGGUCCUGUAUUUUCUCCUCUGCCCUUCGCUGUAGCUGUGCAGAUCGUACCUUCUCCUGAUGCUCCUUGCGCUCAACUGGUCAACUUCGUAAACGGAGAGAGGCAGGGGAGGAGGUAGGCAUCAACUCCUGGGUUAUCUUGUCCUGCUCUUCUUGGGCAGAGACACCAAGUAAGCAAAUCUGGAUCGGGGAACGUUGGAAUGCGGUUUUUAUUUUUAAAACAAAUCUGCAUCUCUAGUGUGACUCUAGCAUUCGCUGCGCUGUGAUUUCUCAUACAAUAACUUGUUUAGGUUACAGAGUGGGUCGCUGUCCCCUCUCCCUGUCUCUGUGAUGGGAGCCCAGCUGCUCAGCGGGGCUGCAGAGGGACGAAGCCAGGUCGAGGCGGGGAGAGGGCGAGCGUGCGCGAGGUGGGGGAGGCUCAUGGUCACAGGGGUUGCGUCGAGUAUCUCUUUUUGUUUUCCCUGAUAUGAUAACCUGGUCUGUGGUGUUGCAGUACUUUGUCACCAGACUUGUUUUAGUGUGUAUAUAUGUGACCCCUCCCAUGAAGCAUAUAUACACAGGUAUUAAAUAUAUCGCUCUAUAUAAUAUUAUAUGUGUGUGGUAUCGAAGGAAUCUUUUAAAUGAGGGUAAAGGAAAAGGACUCGGGCCAGGAAACGCAGCAUCUCCAGUUUAAAUAUGAAGACUUUUAUUUGGGUUAGGGAAAGGGAAAUAACAGAGAGGGGAGGGUUUUAUAUAGAUAGGUAUAAACUUUGAGAUGGGACAGGUUUCCCUGUUCACACUUUUGAAACCCCCUAGGAUGUCCUCACAGUCCCAUCUCAGUGAAAGAGUAUUAUACUGCUAACUAAUGAGUAAAGUUUUAAUGAUAAGGCUUUGCUUAUAUUAUUUAAAGAGACAUUGUGAAAGGCAGGAAGCUUCACACUUGACUUCCCAGGCUCGCUUUAUCAAGCCGAGGGGGUUUUCUUCAGCACGUUGUGUACUCUCAGCAGAACUGCUCAGCGCUCACAGCCCUACAGCAGAUAAACCACGAGUCGCAGGGCUGCUUUUGCGGUGUGUUGACGAGCCCCUGUGAUAAUGCUCUCUUCUCUUCAUUCAUGUGAGGGGAAAAAGAAAAUUUUGCAGCGCAGAAUCAAAUCCGAGGGUUAUUAACAAAAGAAGUGAUGUUUUAAUUUUAUAACAUUAGAAGGAAAUCUCCUAUCCUGUAAAAUCACCACAGACACGCACACUCACACAGAGAGUUUGAUUCAGAUCAACUUGCUAAAUGCUGAAGGACUUAGUUAAAAUCUUACCCCAAAUCCUUUGGUAGGGGCAGGGAUUUAAGUGACGCUGGUGUUGGAGUUAACCUGGCCUUUACAGGAGGAAGUAAAAAACCAAAAAAAUACCCUACUUAGCUUGUGUGAAACUGUAUGUCAAAAAUGGAUGGGUUUUAGCAAGUGAAAGGAAAAGAUAGCAAGGGGAUGCUGCAGUUCUGAGCUGAGUAGUAAUGAUUUCGAGUCCUUUAAUAUGUCUUUGUAUUAAUAUAAUUUAAGAAUACCACGCUUUACUAUUAAAAAAGAACUUAGUAUCUUUCAUAAGGUCUAGUAUCAGGAUAAUAAUGUAGAUGUUUUAACAAAAUUUUUUGUUUUGUUCUUAAAUAAAACAAACAAACAAACUUGCUUCUUUUAGCCUUUGUAAUAGAAAAUAAAAGUGUGCACUUUAAACCCUC